CGCGCGCGCACGGCCGGCUCCGCCCGCCCGGGCACACGGCGGCUCCCGGGGCCGGCCCCCGCGGGCGCGGCGGCCAUGGCGGGAGGGGAGCCGGGCGAGCCCAACCCCGAGGAGUUCGUGUACGGCGAGGAGGACUUCGUGCUGCAGGCAGCCGGCUGGGGCGACCCGGACUCCGCGCCCUCCCGAUUCGACCGGGUGCUGCUGGCCGGCUGGAACGACCGUAUGGAGCGGGGACUGUUCCGGUACCGGCUGGGACCGCUGCCCACCCGCGUCCUGCCCGGCGCCGUGCGCCUCGUGGCGCAGCUGAACGCGCAGCGCAGCGCGGAGCGCCGCCCGCCGCAGCCCGUCCGCAGCCUCCGCGACCCCUUCGACCCCGGCGCCUUCAACUUCACCCGGCUGCGCCCCGCCGAGCUGCUGUUCCGCCUGCGCCGCAGCGGCGGCCCGGAGCCGCUGCUGGUGGCCAUCAACGCCAGCCCGCUGGAGCGGGGACACGUGCUGCUGCUGCCCGAGCCGGCGCGGCGGCUGCCGCAGCUGCUGACGGCCCCGGCGCUGCGCGGGGCGCUGGAGGCGGCGCUGCUCAGCGCCCACCCCGGCUUCCGCGUGGGCUUCAACGGGCUGGGCGGCGGCGCCUCGGUGAACCACCUGCACCUGCACGGGCUCUACCUGGAGCGCCCGCUGCCGCUGGAGGAGGCGCCGGCCGAGCCGCUGGGGCCGCGCCUGGCGCUGCUCCGCGCCGGGCCUGCCCCCGCCUUCCUCUUCUUCGCCGCCGGCCCCGCGGCCCUGGAGCCGGUGUCGCGGGCCGUGUGCCGGGCGGCGGAGCAGCUGGGCGCUGCCGGGCUGGCCUGCAACGUGCUGGCCGCCGGGGGCCGCGGGCUGCGGGUGCUGCUGUGGGCGCGCCGGCCCGUCUUCGGCCCCAAGGCGGGUGAGCCCUUCGCCGUGGCCUUGUGCGAGCUGGCAGGGCUGCUGCCGCUGCCCGCCGAGCCGCUCUACCGGGACAUCACCGAGGCGCAGGCCCUGAGCGCCAUCCGCCAGCACCUGCUGCCCGAGCCCGAGCUGCUGCACCUGGGCGGGGAGCUGGCGCGGCUGCUGGAGCGCUGAACCGGUGC